AUGUCUGUCAAGAGCUUGCCUAACAGGCUGGACGUGAAGAGCGUGUGGCAGCAGGUGAAGAGGAAUCUACCCGCUAUUCCUCGUUUCCAAGAGGGAUAUUGGGAAGCCAUGUGGCCAAAGAUACAGAUAGAAGGAGCGCGAUACGGCUUGAUGGGGUCAGUGGGGCUCUUCUCAGUUGCAUUAAUGAGGUUGACGUACAACGCGUCCACAUUGAUCAUUGGCUUCCUGCCGUAUGACGUCCAUGCGUCGAUGGGCCAUGUCACGGGAUUUGCUUCAGCAGGGGCACUAGCGGGAGGACUCUAUAAGUUCAAUCAAUUCUUCUAUAUAGAUCCAGUCCAAGUGCACAAGAUAGCCUUUGCCCUUGCAAAGAGGGACUUUUGGCUCGAGAGGAAGUUGGGUGGUAAGAUUCGAUGCGACUCAAGGUUUUCCUACGCAGCAAAGCCUGCAGAGAUCGUUUUGGUGGAUUUGGAUCUAAAGAGAACUCGAGUACCUGAGUUCAUGAGGCCAUAUUUCAAGGAAUUUGCUACGAAAUCCGGUAGCGUCAAACUUGUAUUCGAGGGUGAGGCUGGCAAAGUGUUGAUUUGCUGUGAUGUCGAGAAGGGACUUUUUCGCGAUUACGAGGUCAAAAGCAUGCACGGAAAAUUUCUAGAAAAUGGACAGGUAUUCAGCUUUCUGGGAAACGAUGAAAACUGUCAGGAUCCUAGUGAAUUUCUACAACAAAUUUUGCAGGAGGAGUCAUCAGGCGACAAAGCUUCAAAGGCUCCUGCAUUUAGACUCCAAUUAGGAAUGCGGGGCCCGUCCUCGUCCUUUACGGGAGUUUCGAAGUAUUAG